CCCCACAACUUUCCUCCUCGGUCUGCAGUAAAAUCAGCAGAAAGUUUGCAAAGAGCUGGGCGGCGCUGCGCUGCCAGGAACGCGAGUAUCAGCCUCCGAAGUUGCUUGAGCAGAGAGAAAGGGUGGAAAUUUAAUGACAAUGAGGAAGCUUUUUAUUCAUUGGACCUGCUUACCUUUCAUCCUGUUGACCACCUGUAUACAUUGUGGAUCCACCAGGAAUGCUUGUAAAGUCACGGAUAAGAUGGCAGACUGCAGUCACUUGAAAUUGACUCAAAUCCCCUCCGAUCUCCCUGCCAAUAUAACAACUUUGGAUAUUUCUCAUAACCAGCUCAAAACUCUGCCACCAGCAAACCUUACGAAGUACAGUGAGCUUGUUUACUUGGAUGCAGGUUUCAACACCAUCUCAAAACUGCUGGCACAGCUGUGUCAGAAUCUGCCUUUCUUAACCAUUUUGAAGCUGGAACACAAUCAACUGCAUGCAUUUCGUGACAAUGUUUUUACUUACUGUACAAAUCUGAAGGAGCUUCAUUUGGGAUCCAACAUCCUAAAACUAACAAAUGAGCCUUUCAGAAAUCUGUUGAAUUUGGAGUUAUUGGAUGUCUCUAAUAAUCGUCUAAGCUCUGCAAAACUAGGAUCUCUGCAACAGUUAGGAAGUCUUCAGGAACUUGUGAUGUCUCAGAACAAAAUUACUGAAUUAAAGAAAGAAGACCUAUCUUUUCUUAGUAACUCUUCAUUAAACAGGCUGGACUUGUCUUCAAACCCCUUAAAAGAGUUUCACCCAGGCUGCUUCCAUGCUAUUGGAAAUCUGUAUGGACUUGUCCUGAACAAUGUUCCAUUGGGACAGGAUGGCACAGAGAAACUUUGUCGAGAAUUAUCCUGGACAAGAAUUCAGAAUCUUUCAAUGAGCCAGGUGCAGCUUUCACAAAUUUUCAACUCGACCUUCGAUGGAAUGGAUAAAACAAACCUCACAAUUUUAGAUCUAUCCAGUAACAGUUUGUCUGUGAUUAAAAAUGGUGCUCUUGCCUGUUUUGCAAAUUUAGAGAAUUUAAAUUUGAUGAAUAAUAAUAUUACAUAUCUGUUUUCUCAUUCCCUCUAUGGAUUGCACAGUGUGAUUUCUCUGAAUUUGGGAUACUCACAUAUCAAAAAAAUGGAUGCUGCUUUCCAGUGGCUAAAAAGUUUAGAGUAUCUUACUAUGGAUGGUAAUAAAUUUCUGGAGAUUACGCCUAAUACAUUUAAAGGUUUAGAAAAUUUGAAAAACUUGAGUUUAAGCCAGUGCAAUAUGACCUCAAUGACAAAUACAACCUUUUCAUCACUUGCUAAUUCUUCAUUGCAAUUUCUCAACUUAACAAAAACUGGAAUCAUUUCCAUCAAGGCUAGGACCUUUUCUUGGCUUCGACAGCUAAAAACUCUGGAUUUAGGGAUAAAUAACAUUAAGCAGAACCUCACAGGCCUGGAAUUUCAAGGUCUUAGUAAUAUUGAGACUCUCUAUCUAUCUUACAAUUAUCAGCUGAACUUGACAAGUGAAUCAUUCACUUCAGUCCCGAGCCUUAGAAAGCUGAGGCUGAGAAAAGUGGGUUGCAAAAAUCUUGAUAUCUCUCCUUCACCAUUCCGAAAAUUAAACAAUUUGACAAUCCUGGAUAUUGGUAACAACAAUAUUGCUAACAUGAGAGAUGAUUUAUUUGGUGGACUGCACCAGCUUGAAAUCCUUGACAUGCAGCAUAAUAAUCUGGCUCGACUUUGGAAGCAUGCCAAUCCGGAUGGUCCUGUUCUCUUCUUAAAAGACCUUAAAAGUCUGCAUCUCCUCGAUUUAGAAUCUAAUGGCUUUGAUGAGAUUCCAGUAAAAGCUUUCCAUGGCUUAUCUCAAUUGAGAAGCUUGAAUCUGAGAGACAAUAAUUUAAAUUUGCUCCCAGAGUUUGUCUUUGAUGACUUAACAUCUCUGACCUACCUCUUCCUUGAGAAGAACCUAAUCACAGCUGUUGAUGAAAAAGUCUUUGGUAAAGUUUUCACAAAUUUGAAAGAACUAAAUAUGGGGUUUAAUCCUUUUGAUUGCACUUGUGACAGUAUAGCUUGGUUUGUUAACUGGCUUAAUGCCAGCAAAACAAAUAUCUCAGAAUUGAAUAAUUAUAUAUGUAACACCCCCUUUAAAUACCAUAGCAAUAGGGUAGCACAGUUUGACACCUCACCAUGUGAUAGUGCCCCUUUUAAAUUGGUCUUCAUUGUGAGCACUAGUUCGGUAUUGUUUUUCAUCUUUCUAAUCCUACUCAUCCACUUUGAAGGGUGGAGAAUAAAAUUUAUUUGGAGUGUGACUGUAAACAGGGUUCUUGGCCACAGGGAAAUAGACAGACCACAGCAACACUUUGAUUAUGAUGCUUACAUCAUUCAUGCCAAAAAGGACACGGACUGGGUUUCCAACAACUUUAUUCCUCUUGAAGACAACACUCAACAAGUAAUUAGGUUUUGUUUAGAGGAACGGGACUUUGAAGCUGGAAUAUCUGAAAUUGAAGCCAUUGUCAAUAGCAUAAAGAGGAGCAGGAAGAUUAUAUUUGUUGUAACUGAACAUCUCUUAAAAGAUCCUUGGUGUAAAAGGUUCAAAGUGUAUCAUGCCAUACAACAAGCCAUCAGUCAAAGUCGGGAUUCCAUCAUAUUAAUUUUUCGACAUGACAUUCCUGAUUACAAAUUGAAUAAUGCACUUUAUUUACGAAGAGCAAUGUUCAGAUCUCGCUGUAUCUUGAAGUGGCCAGUUCAGAAAGAACGUCUGAAUGCAUUUUACCAGCAGUUAAAAUCAGCACUUCAAUCAAGUAGUAGGAUACUAUGAUUUUUUCCCCAAAGGAUUGUAGCAAAGUAUUUUGGAUAUUUGAUUCAAUGGCCAAAAUAUUACCAAUCAAGUGGACUUUGUGCUUUGUAACUUUCAUGUUAUGGGAAUGAAAUACUUGCUGCAGAUCUACCUAUUUAACUGUUUUUUUCAGACUUAAAGCCACUAGUUCCUCUUACAGUAUCUUACAAAGCAGUUUGUAAACCAUGAAAGCUAAUGCUAAUUUAUUAAAAUAUCUGAAAUGCUGAACUACUGUACAUGUAUGCUACACUAGAUGUGUGCUACACUUAACCCUUGAACGAUUAUACUAUAAUACCUGAGGGAGAGAGAAUAUAAACCACUACUCUACAUUUUCAUAAUGUGACCAAAACAUUAAAAAAUAUACAAAAUAGUGAACAGAGUGAAGGAGGUUCAGAAGCAGAAAGUGAAAGCAUACUGGACAGCAACAGAUAACAGAAAUCAGUAUCCCUUUCUUCCCCAGGAUAAGAACUCAGAUCCCCUUCCUCUGCUGUCUAACCUGUGAGAGAAAAGAAGUGCAAAAGAGGGCAAAGUCUGCAGCAUGCCCCUUCCUGAUUCUUCUUGCAGAAGAAGACAGGGCCCAGAGAUAGAUAUGGUACAUAGGGCUUGAUGCCUAGGGUGACAGUUCAAUGACAGUUGUAAUGUAUAGAGUCUAUGGGCUCAUCUACACCAAGCAGGAUAUACCACUAUGAAAGUGGUAUAGAAAAGGCAGGAGCCACACUACUGCUUUAUAGCAGUAUUGAAGUGCACUGACAACUGUUGGGGCCCAUAACACAAACCAUAGACCGCUUUCAUACCAUUUUCAUAGUGUUAUAUCCUGCUUGGUGUGGAUGUGUCAUGGGCCCCAACUGUUGUUAGUGCACUUCAGUACCACUAUGAAGCAGUAGUGUAGAACCUGCAGUGCACGUCAGUAUCACUAUAAAGCAGUAGUGUGGCUCCUACCUUUUAUAUUCCACUUUCAUACUGGUUUCAUAGUGGAAUAUCCUGCUUGGUGUAGAUUAGCCCUAUGUUCUUUAUCAUAGUUAAUAUGUUUAUAAGUUAGGCCAUAUCUGUAUAGUUAUUUUUUUUAAAGUUCAGUGUACUUGGUUAAUUAAAUGGUUAUGUAUUAAGCUUAAUACUAUUGGGAAAACAAGUUAAUGUGUUGCUAUUAUACUUACUGGCCAGGUUCCAGGUCAUAAUGACCCAGGUUUUUUUUAAAGCAUGUUGCUGUAUCACUCCUGUUGCAAAUCGAAAUGGCUAAACAAUUUAGUAGGGAUGCACUAUCCCAGAGUUGUAUAAUGUACUAGCCAAACAGUAAAAACAAAUGCAGGAACACACCAUGGGUUAUUUCUCUAACAUUUGGGGUCCAGCCAAAGGUCCAGGUUUGGAUAGAAUGCUAAACAACCCACAGAUGGAGUGGCCCUCGGUAGUUUACCUGCUUCUGCUUUGGGCAGUGAGCACCAGCAUACUUCCUUGUUUAUAACAACCCACAGCAUUUAGGAGUCCUUUUUCUAUAUAAUUUCAUUACAUUUUUCUCCCUUGUUCACAACCUCAGUGUUUAUAAUCUGAUUAAAAACAUACAGAUUUCAAGUAUCUCUAUGCAUGGAUAUACAGUAUAAUAUAAUAUUAUUAUAAUAUUAUAUUAUAUUAUACCUGAGAGAGUGC